ACUUAGUGGAUCCUGGAACCGAACCUGAUUGAACACCAAUCCUUUCGCUCUUCCCAUAGGUGUUCCUUUGGGAAACUGUUUAUUGUGACUCAUUGUCCCCUUGACGGUUGUCCAUAGCUUAAUUCUCGCCUACCAUGUCUGGAAUCUGUAGACCACGUCUUGCCGAGGAGCGCAAGCAAUGGAGAAAGGACCAUCCCUUCGUAAGUCCCCCGCUUCUUCUGUGCGUUUGAAUGAAGCGCUUUCAUUUGUACUCAUUAUCUUGCGCCACUUGCUCAAUUGAAAUAUUCCCCUCGAUAUUUAGGGAUUCUAUGCGAAGCCAGUGAAAGCUGCAGAUGGCUCCAUGAACCUCAUGGAGUGGGAAGUGGGUAUUCCUGGAAAGGCUGGUACGCCUUGGGAAGGUGGUCUAUUCAAGCUUACCAUGACCUUCCCUGAAGAUUAUCCGUCUAAACCACCGAAGUGUAAAUUUACGCCUCCUCUCUUUCAUCCAAAUGUCUAUCCGUCAGGAACCGUCUGUCUUUCCAUCCUUGACGAAGAAAAGUCGUGGAAACCAGCAAUUACCAUAAAACAAAUUCUCCUAGGCAUCCAGGAUCUUUUGGAUGAUCCAAACGUAAACGAUCCGGCGCAAAGCGACGCCUACACCAUGUUCAAAAACGACAAGGUUGCCUAUGAGCGAAGAAUCCGGCAGCAAGCCCGGGAGAAUAUACCGAAAUAAAGCGACAGUCAUGUGUCUGUAGUUAUCUUCACAAUGAGAACAUCAAAUCUCAACUGGCAAUGUUCACAUUACGGAUCUGACUCUUCUGCUUCCCGGCCUCGCUGGCCGUGAAUGAUGCAAAGAUGGCAGAUCUAUAUAAAUCACAUGUGCUUCCGUCCAAGGAAUGCCUCGGAAGAAAUUCUGUACAGUCAAUGGUGAAAGCGAG